AUGCAAUCAAGUUGCAAUACAGAAUUGCAUGUAACUCUGAACAAUUUCACUGAUUGUCUUUAUUUACUUGAUGAACGCUUUAAUCAACUUCAUACACUGCGUGUUUAUACUGUAAACCAUAACUUUAUACAUGUAAUUAUUAGUAAUAAGGAUAAACUACCAAAUUUAAAACAUUUUUCGUUGAAUCAUGGAUUCGAUACAUAUUUAUAUGAUAAAUUAAUUGUACCACUUCUACAACGAAUGAUUAAUUUAGAAGAGUUAAAUUUAUAUCUUAUAAUCUCUCAUAAACAAACAAUAGUUGAUGGUAUAGAUUUGAAGAAAAAUAUUCUCAAUUAUAUGUCUCAACUGAAGAAAUUUUCAUUUAGCAUUAGUUCAGAAGUUCAUCUUGGUAAUGAAAUUAAUUUACCAUCAAAUGAUGAUAUUCAAAACACAUUCAAAGAUUUUAAAGAUAAUGAAAUAAUUUCUUAUGUUGAUAAUUUCCCAAUGAGUAACAAAAUUGGCUGUCGUAUGUAUUCAUAUCCAUAUAGAUGGACCAAUCAAGCAUUUCCAAAUGUGAAGAAGUUAAGAUUAGAAAAUGAACAACCUCAAAAGAAGAAAAAUCAUGGCGAUUCUUCAAUAACCACAUACUUUCAUUUAACUGAACUUCAUCUACUUUUCGCUCAUGAUGAUUAUAUUGAAGAAUUUCUAACUGAUUCGAAGACAUAUUUACCCAACACUGUUGACCUUAUUGUCGAAUAUAAAGCAAUACAAAGGUUAACAGAAAAUUUUACAAGAAGUACAACACAAAUCAAUUGUUCUAAAUUAAUUCGUUUAUAUCUAUAUGAAGAUGAUGAUCAAAUAAUUUUAGAUGAUAUGGAACAUUAUUUUCCUCGUGCAAAAAUAUUUCGUGAUUCAUAA